AUGGCGACAAACAACAUCCACUGCAGCGGAGACGGAACCACGGCUGUGGUUAAUAUGCAAGUAGACAUCGUUCCGGAAGCAGAUGUUUUACGCGACGCCGAGGAUCGUCAUUUGAAGCAUGGAAGAGGAACUGACACUGUUCUCAUUCCACAGCCUUCGAACAAUAGUGACAAUCCGCUCAACUGGGCACCUGCUUGGAAAUUCGAAUCCUCGCUAUCGAUGGCCAACUUUCUCAUUGUUCCGUUCUCGAACAACUUCGGGCGCAGAUUGACCAGUAUAUCUUUGGGGGUCCUGACGUUCCUAACCGUUCUCUGGGAGGUUCUCGCUACGUCCCAUAAGGCUUUCCUCGCAGCGCGUGUGGUCAACGGCCUUACGACUGCUACGACGGAGAGUAUUAUGAUGCAAGUGAUUGCAGACAUGUUCUUUCUGCAUGAGAGAGGGUUGUGGACCGGUAUCUAUUUUACAUCCUACUUCGUUGGUUUACUUUUGGGACCAGUGAUUGCGGGUAACAUUGCAGAAAAUUUCUUCUGGCUAUCUUUGGGGCUUGCAGCCUUCAACAUCGUGACUCUUGUAGUAUUCUUCCCGAGACAAAAUACCGGCGUUCAGGGACGACCCUCAGAGAGGAAAACAGAAGCCAUAGAUGAGCCAACACCAAUAACAAAUACCGAGAAACACGACGCCAACGAAACAAUCCAAGCAUCAAACGACACCGAAGCUACCGAUAGCAAUUCACAAACCAGCAAGGGACGACCAUCCAAGAACCAAUUUAAGCUCUUUCAAAAGCCCGACCCUUGCUGGAAAGGCUUUCUAAUCCGCGACAUCCUCUCUCCCAUCCGCGCAUUCUUCUACCCCAAUAUAUUCUGGGCCGGCCUAAACGUCGCAGGGCCAGCGAAUCUACUCCUCUUCUUCAACCUGACUGAAUCCGCCGUGCUAGCAGCGCCAUCCUACAAUUUCUCCUCGGGAGCUGUCGGAUAUAGUAACUUUGCCUUCUUUGUCGGUGGAACGAUAGGUCUUCUAACCGCAGGACCCUUCUCCGACUGGGUAGCGGACCAAGCCACACGUCGGAACCGAGGCAUUCGAGAGGCACAGAUGCGUCUUCCGGCCUUGAUACCAUUUUUCAUCACCACAGCUAUCGGGAAUAUUAUCAAGGGAUUAGGGUAUCAACGCCAGUGGUCGUGGCCUAUUAUCCUUGUUUUCGGUUACGGUCUCACCGGGCUCAGUGUCACUACUGUGCCCACUAUCGCUGUUGCUUACGCGGUGGACUGCUAUAAGCCUAUGUCUGGGGAGAUUAUGGUCGUUGCUACGGUGAUUAAGAAUACGAUUGGGUUUAGUAUGAGUUAUUGGUUUACGCCUUUGGGUGCGAGGAAGAGUCUUAUUGCCCCUGCUAUGGUCGAGUUUGCGUUGACUAUGGGACCCAUGUUACUUGCUGUUCCAUUGUACUUUUGUGGUAGAAGGCUGCGGAGAUUUACUAGGAACUCGACGUUCCAUCAGUGGUCUGAGAUGUAA